AUGGCUAUCUCAGAGUCGCUCUUGGAGUUUGAGGAGUCCCUCUCGCUUGUGUCUCCUUCAAAGCAGCUCUUGCUCGACCACUUGGACCAUGUUGCCGAGGUGAAUAGAUUUACAGAUGGUGUGCCCUUCCACGAAGACUUUACUGAGGAUUCGAUCGAUGCCAUAUUUGAAAAUCACCUGUACUGGCUCGAUGAUUUAACGUGUUGCGAUGUGUGUGGCAACCCGUUACUGGAAAUGACCUCAAGUUGUUGUGCCAAAUUUAUACAGACUCACCGUCGAGGUUGGGGUUCAGAUACGGAGAAGAGCUACUGGCUAGCUUUCUUGAGUAACCCCUACAAGACCAUGAUCAUGUUGCCCAAUUAUACUCUCAUGAUCUUCUUGCAAAAAGGUAUACCCUUUCAGCUUCGUCCUUUGAUUUGGCAAAAGCUUUUUCUGUUGAAUCAAGAAAAUCAUACCCAUAUUCCCGACCUGUCAGCCUCCUUGUAUCGCAACUUUCAACACUCGUACAAUAUCGACAUUGCGAGACAGAUUAACAAGGAUUUGACAAGAACAUUUCCCAGAGUCAAUUUUUUAACUAGAGAUGACACAAUCAAAUCGUUGCAAACCAUCCUCAAUGUCUAUGCCAACUAUGAUCUUGAGCUUGGUUACUGCCAGGGCUUGCUUUUUUUGGUGGGCACCCUCUACAGUCAAUUGAGAGACGAGGAGCUCACAUUUCAUUCGUUGUGUAAAGUGAUGGAUGCUGAGCCUGAAUUGAGACUGAUAUUCAUGCCUAUGUCAAUGUCAUCGACCUUGGAGAAGUGGUAUAGCGAGUUUAUUGCUAUUCUCGGCGAAAUCGAUUUUGAAUUAUCGGCUCAUUUGACUAGCUUCUGUGAUUGCAAAGUAUUCCUUUACCAAUGGUGGCUCUCGUUUUCUUUGAUACAUGCCCCUGAUUUUUCAAUAAACACUAAGGUGAUUGACUUCUGUCUCAUUGAAGGCUGGAAAAUUGGAUCCUUCAAAAUCUCCAUCGGGUUGCUCCUCCGCAACAAGCCCAUCCUCAUGAGCUUCAAUGAUGGUGAUGAGGAGGUUGUUUACCAGCACCUUUUAAAUGGCUCCAAGUGGGGCACCGUUGUCAAUGGCCUACCUUCGUUCUUUGGUGAUUUGUUAUUGUCUUGGGAUAGCAAACUCUUUGCUAACUUUGAGCAAUAUUCUAAAACAAUAUCACCUACUAAGUCGAAGUCAAAAGAAAGGAAGUCUCACCGAAGGAAUCUCUCAGUUCUCGAGAGGCUCAAAUGCUUCUCCAUUAGCACAUCUCAAGAGCUAUCUCCACUUUCGACAUCACUGCAAGAAUCACUCAGCACGAAACACAGCGCGGAUCUGUCUUACGACAGGCUAAAUAUCACGACCAACUCAGCGCUGUCGGUAUUUUCGGGGUCGCUGAAGAAUGAUGCUGAAUCGGUCUAUUCGGAACUCAGCUCGUGCUCCUCGGAACAAAAAUCUUCCUUGGACCUUAUAAAGAGCUUCACGCAUAAGAGAGCAAACAGCGAUGCUGCUGCGGUGGUUCCUGAUGGCAAAGUUGUAGACGAUCUCGUUAUGGAGAAUCAGAUGUUGAGGUUUUAUUUGAAAAAAGCAUUCGGGGAAUUGAAUGAUGGCAGUCUUAAAAAUGAAAUCAAGGAAGCAAUGGAUUGGGAGUAA